GGUGAAGUUGGCGCCAGGGAGCGCAAGGCACCAGGCUGCCUCCUUUGCACCCAGCUCCUCCUGGGGCGCAUCUCUGGCCCCGGCUCACGGACACCUGCGCCGCCAUCUCCUCUCGCCCGCUGAGCCCACCCCUGGCGGCGGGCGGGGGAGGGGCUCCCUUUCAAGGGCUUUGUCCAGCAGGGCGACGACGGGGACCAUAGGAGAGUAGGGGGACUGGUAACAUCUGAACAUACCAAACCAAACAGGCAAAGUCUUUCACCAUCACUACCACCACAUUUUACUACAAAGGAAUAUAACUGUAUGUGAUUCCAAGCAGGCUAAAAGAAAAAGAGCUGAUUAGACUUCAGACUGCUCACUGAAUGGGGAUGACGGCCACAGCUGCAGUGGAGACAUCAAAAAUGGAGAAGAGUUCCUCCAAGGAAGAGAAACAACAAUCUAAGCAGGACAGGAUGGAGCAGAGCAAUGCUGAUUCUGAAGAGUGGAUGAACUCUGAGAGUGAACCUGAACAGAUGAGCCUUAAGAACAGUAACAAUGACAAUAGCUACGGAUCUGGGGAUGCUCAGUUGAAAAAAAAGGAUAUUCCCUCCAAGCCACACCGUCAGCUCUAUAGAUCACCCUGCUUAGAUCAUCCAAGCUUCUCCCAGAGCAGCAUUCUACAGGAUAGGAAGCUUGACUUGGAAAAAGAAUACCAAGCCAAGAUGGAUUUUGCUCUAAAGCUGGGCUAUGCAGAGGCACAGAUUCAAUCAGUAUUGAACAAGCUGGGCCCAGAAUCACUUAUUAAUGAUGUAUUGGCAGAGCUCGUCAGGCUUGGGAACAAAGGCGAUUCAGAAGGGCAGGCCAGUUUGAGUUUGUUAGUACCUAGGGGUCCCAGCUCUAGAGAGAUUGCAAGCCCUGAACUGUCUCUUGAAGAUGAAAUAGACAACAGUGAAAAUUUGAGGCCAGUUGUCAUAGAUGGAAGUAAUGUGGCAAUGAGCCAUGGGAAUAAAGAAGAAUUCUCCUGCAGAGGAAUACAACUUGCUGUGGACUGGUUUCUAGACAAAGGCCAUAAAGAUAUUACUGUAUUUGUGCCUGCAUGGAGAAAGGAACAAUCCCGUCCUGAUGCACCAAUUACAGAUCAAGAUAUUCUACGUAAACUGGAGAAAGAAAAGAUUCUUGUCUUCACACCAUCCCGAAGGGUUCAGGGCAGGAGAGUUGUCUGUUAUGAUGACCGGUUCAUAGUCAAAUUGGCUUUUGAUUCCGACGGCAUCAUUGUAUCUAAUGAUAACUACCGAGACCUUCAAGUUGAAAAGCCAGAAUGGAAGAAGUUUAUAGAGGAGCGGUUGCUGAUGUAUUCUUUUGUGAAUGACAAAUUUAUGCCUCCAGAUGAUCCUUUAGGACGCCAUGGCCCAAAUCUUGAAAAUUUCUUGAGAAAGAGACCUGUUGUUCCAGAGUACAAGAAGCAACCAUGCCCUUAUGGCAAAAAAUGCACUUAUGGCCACAAGUGCAAAUACUACCAUCCGGAGCGGGCCAACCAACCACAGCGUUCAGUGGCUGAUGAGCUCCGCAUCAGUGCCAAACUGUCCACAGUGAAAACCGUGAGUGAAGGCACCCUGGCCAAGUGUAGCACAGGGCUGUCUAAUGCCAAAGGUGAAAUAACCUCCGAAGUCAAACGUGUGGCCCCCAAGCGCCAAUCGGAUCCCAGCAUCCGGUCCGUGGCUGUGGAGCCUGAGGAAUGGCUGUCCAUUGCCCGUAAGCCUGAGGCCAGCUCUGUCCCCUCACUUGUGACUGCCCUAAGUGUCCCCACAAUCCCACCCCCCAAAAGCCAUGUGGUGGGUGCACUCAACACUCGUUCAGCCAGCAGCCCAGUGCCAGGAUCCUCUCAUCUCCCCCACCAGAAGGCCUCACUGGAACACAUGGCUAGUAUGCAGUACCCUCCAAUCCUGGUUACCAACAGCCAUGGGACACCUAUUAGCUAUGCUGACCAAUACUCAAAGUUUGAGUCCCUGGGGGAGCACAGCUACUAUUCAAUGUUAGGCGACUUCUCCAAACUGAACAUCAACAGCAUGCAUAAUCGAGAGUACUACAUGGCUGAAGUAGACCGAGGGGUGUAUGCCCGGAGUCCCAACCUCUGUCCUGACAGUCGUAUGAGCCAUACCAGGAACGACAACUACUCCUCUUACAACAACCUGUACUUGGCUGUAGCUGAUGGCCAUCCUGAAGGCAAUUUAAAGCUGCAUCGCUCAGUAUCUCAGAACCGUCUUCAGCCUUUUCCUCGUGGUUACCAUGACGCCUUAACGCGAGUGCAGAGCUAUGGCCCAGAGGAUUCUAAGCAAGCCCCCCACAAGCAGUCAGUUCCCCACUUAGUUCUACAAGCCCAGCACCCAGCAACUGGAGCAUGUUCAAGCUGUCCUGGAGACUACCCCAUGCCUCCUAAUCUCCACCCUGGGGCAACCCCCCAGCCAGGACGUGCCCUGGUAAUGACUCGGAUGGACAGUAUUUCUGACUCCCGCCUCUAUGAAAGCAACCCAAUGAGGCAAAGACGACCUCCCCUGUGCCGGGAACAACAUGCCAGCUGGGACCCAUUACCCUGUACAACCGACUCCUAUGGCUAUCAUUCCUAUCCCUUGAGUAACAGCCUCAUGCAACCAUGCUAUGAGCCAGUCAUGGUACGGAGCAUGCCUGAAAAGAUGGAACAGCUUUGGAGGAAUCCUUGGGUUGGAAUGUGCAAUGAUACCAGGGAGUAUAUGAUCCCAGAGCACCAGUAUCAGACUUAUAAGAACCUUUGCAAUAUUUUCCCUUCAAACAUCGUCCUUGCAGUGAUGGAAAAGAAUCCCCACACAGCAGAUGCCCAGCAACUGGCAGCCUUGAUUGUUUCUAAGCUUAGGGCUGCACGUUGACAUGACACAGGACUUAUUCCUUUAUACAUAUAUAAAUAUUCAUACUAAUAAUGCAUCAAUGGUAAGAUAAAAGUAACUAAUAAUUUUGUGUUGCGCUUUACAAGUUAUAGUGUUUCUGUCAUUUGAAGCGCAAAACAACCCUGUAAAGUAAAUUUUACUAAUCUUAUUUUCUAUAAAAAGAAACUGAAUCUCAUUGUGAUUAAGUUACUUGCCAAGGUCACACUGCUAGCAAGUGACCAAAUCAGGAUUCACACUCAAGUCCUCUGACUCUAAGUCCCAUGGUUUUUUGCUCGGCACCAUGCAGAUAAUGGAGGACAAAACUCAUGGGGAGAGGUCUAAGAUCAAGAAACUCCCAAAGGAUUCCAUUAUCAAUGUUUUCUUAGUUGCACAUUCUAUAUUACAAAGUAUUGAUAAUAUUUCUAAUUUAGAGAGCAAGAGCAUCUGGAUCAAAUCAUAUGUUGAAUUAACCUUUUGGGAUUUUUAAUAGGAUAUUUAAAGCUUUUAAAAAGUAAAUACAUAAUUUAUUGCAUGAAUAUCUGACCAUUCAAUAUCUUUAUUAACCAAGCUAUAGGGUCACAUCAAAGCUCUAGACCUAUAUUUCAAACCUAUUGUUAGCAAUUAUAUUGCAUGCAUAACUGUAUGUAUUUAGUUUGAGAAGUUUAUGUAUCCCCAUAUAACCUUUUAUACAGUGAUAAUGAGAAGAAAAGCUCUGCACAGUCCUUAGUCUACAGCUGUAUAGAUCAUGAAUCUAACUUCAUUUUAUGUCACAUUUCAUAGUUUCAACUAGUUCUGAAAGUGAAAUUACAUGCCAUAUUUGAAUAUUGUUUUCUUAGGUACCAGAGAAAACUAACUGUAUUUCCUUUGCACUUUUUACUUGUCAACACUGACAGUUCUUAGCUUUUAAGUCUCUUCACUUUAGCAAAUUAGGGAUCAGAUUACAGCUUUCUUCUUCAGAGGAGCUGAUGGACAAGCAUAGCAGGUGUGUGCUAGACAAGCACAGAAGAGUUUGACAAGGAUGAAGGGAUUUACUACCAGACUCCACUUCCCUUUUCCAAGGAGAGAUGGCCAAAUUCAUGCAGCGUUAAAUGAUGAACACAAAAGCUGCACUCAAGGAAGGUCUAAUGGAUACCCUUUAAACUUAUGACCUAUGCAGUAUUCAACAUCACAGGAUAAAAUGUAAUGGAGGACAGUGCACAGCCAUGUAAUCCACUUUCUUCUGCUGUCCACUCUUUGGGCAAUAAGGUGGAUCAUUAGUGGAACGGAAUUUCUUUAGGAAACAAAACCAGGGGAUUUUCUAAGUGGAAAAAGGAAGCUUACAAAAGGGGAUGCUACAUCUUUGCUAAUAGCUGGUUCAGUUAUGCACUUUCCCUUAAAAAUUCUUAAAUGCAUCACUAAAGACACAGGAUUUUGGAUUGAACAGCACCAUUUGCACAACUAGUAUCUUUCUCAGGGUGGAAACCUUUGUAGCUAAAUGCCUCUUGCAUUUAUUGUUUUUGGAUUUUUUUUUAAGCAGUACUAAAUGAACCCCUUUUUAAAUCCAUUGUAUACUUCAACAUUUUGAAUCAUGACCUGCUAUUUCUUGAG